AAUACGUAUUUUUUUUUUACGCAUUCGCUCAUGUAUCUACCCAAGUAAUCAAAACGCAAGCUGACGAGAGCGACGAAUUUCUAUUGUAGUCUUGUCUGAAGGCACUCGAUCGCGCAGCCGGCAGGCGAAGAGGUAACGGGGAUCAAGUUCGCCGAUUCGUUAAGACAUUGCGCGUCGUGCAGUCUCUACAAUGGUGUACGAGGUUCUUUUUGUUGCUUUCACAUUUAUAGGAAUCAACACAAGCAGUUCGCUUAGCGGUAGUUAUCCCAAGUUGUCCAGUCCAUCCUGCAAGAAAUGCCCUGCAGGAUCUUUUACAGUCUGCUCUCUAAAUGAAGAGUCACGAUGUGUAAAGUGCGCGGAAGGAACGUACAACGAUAAGCCUUCUCGCCGAGGAACAUGCAAGCGCUGCACCAGAUGUGGUCACAAUGAAUACAAGUCCCAUCCCUGUAAUUCAACGUCGAAUACCGUUUGUGUAAAAUGCAGGGAAUGUCCUCCAGGCUUCGGUGUGUUCAGGCCUUGUGAAAAGACUAGAGACACUGAUUGUGUUAAGUGUCCAGUUCCCGAGAGCUUCCUCAGCAGUUAUGGUAAAGUUGAAUGCGGAAUUAAAGUUGAUUCUUUUCGCAACAAUAUCAGGGAGAAAGAAAAGCUCAAGGAUAGUUUCUUUGUUCUAAGAGAGGAGGUUAAUCCCUGGGAAAAUGGCAGGAAGAACCCCAAGUCUCAGCAUCGACUUGCAUUCGUCGAAAAACAUGUCAACGCUAACAUCAUUGUAUCUGCGUUACCUUCUGUUAAUCCAACGCCUUCAAGUGUUUUCUUCUCUACGAAGCCCACUAGUGCUGUAGACCAAGGAACAAUUUUGGUUAGUUCUGCUUUUUAUAGCUCACCAUCGUCAUCACGGAGCGUCGAGAAAUCCAUUACUUUUCCCGCGGGAGAAAUCAUCGACCCUACACUCCGACCGGAUAUUCCUUCAAAACGUCGACCUCCAUCUCGCCCGACAGAAAAAUCCGUUUCCUACUUUAAAACACCGACAAAUUUUGAAAUUCAAGGAGAUGAUGGGAGCUAUCCGAGUCGUACACCGCGAAACACCCGUCAAAACGGAACAGAUGCAACGACAACGCGUGUAGCAUCACCUGUUUCACCUUCUAAGAGCGUCAAAGCCAUGUACAUCAACCAUAGAAUGGAUGAAGAACUUAGCACAGAAUCCUAUCGACAUCGCAAUACCAGGUGGAGUCUUGGAACUGAUAUUAACAAAGCGACAUUAAUGGUCACCAGUGACAACGGACAUAUAGAAGUUGACUUCCCUCCUCCAACAGAGGAAAAUGAGGUCAGAGCCCCGUACCAUGAAUCUGACCAGGGUGUGUUCCAACAUUCUCAAAACUGGCUAGUGAUAGUAGUGAUAUUGGUUUCCGUUGCUGCUUUGGCGAUGAUUUUAAUAAUCAAGCGAUGGAGGCAUCAGAAGAAAACCAAAGGGAGUAGCUUCGCUUGUCCUCGUCCAAACUGCAUACGCCCUCCACGCUGUGUGGCAUCGUCGGACUGUUGUGAUGGGGCUUCUAUAUCAAGCGCUACAGGAGCUUACACAGAACAGACGGAAAGCCCCACAAGAUCAAAGUAUAGUCAGGAGGAUGAAACAGAAGAUUCUCUACCAAAUCUCAACAACCCAGCUCAGGACACUUUGCCUACCUUUCAAAGUAAUCUUGUGGUCGCAGAUGUUCAUCAUACCUCUCAAUUUGAUGGAACUGGCACAGGGUUAGUGGGGAAACGAGUUGUGUCCCCUGGAUACAUAACGGAAGCGGAGGCCACGUUCGACAGCUCUGGUGGACAGCUUUUCGCACCGGACUCUGAUGUCGUUAUCACUGUAGGGAGUGGAGCAGUUCAAGAGGGCACCAAGCAGCGUUUUUUCUUCCGCGUGCCCAAGGAUGACUCCACUUUGUUGCAGGACAUCCCGGAUAUGCCCGAAGGAACACUAAUUUCCCCCGUUAUCGAAUGUGGACCUCACGGCGUUACCUUGCUCAAGCCGGUGGAAAUCACUGUUCCGCAUGAUCUGUGCUUGGACGAGGUCAGGAAGGAUUCGAUAAGGGUUUACAGAUGUGAGCCAUCUUCAAAAGGGCCGCCACAAUGGGAGAAAAUUCCCUCAGCGUCAGAAAAAAACUGCCAAUCCAAAGCAUGGUUUACAGUGAAAAAGAACUCUAUCCACAUCAAGACUAGAAAAUUUUCCAUUUGGAGCGUGUUCGCCUGUGGCGGAACAAAGAGGAAGAGAGCGACUGUUUACUUCAGCAGACAUAACCCGAGAAGUGAUCACAUUUACCUACGCUUCUACAUUUACAGUGAUAAUGAGGAUUCAAAGAAGCGAGUGAAAGCGCAGGAGAAAGAGUCUUUUCCUGGCUCGAGAUCAUCAAAGGAGAAACCGUUUAAGAUGUACGACGAUGAAAAGGAUGUGAUUGUGAAGCUCACUGAUCUUGAAGACGGUUGGGAACUGGAUAAGACUCCCAGUGAACAGAAAUACAACUACGACACUGCAUAUCGCAAUGGAUUCCGUGCCAAAGAUGCCUGUGAUUUUGCAGUUAGACCGGCACGUCCAGGAGUGAAAGAAUUUUCCUGCAACCUUAAAUUUAAUCAAGAAGACAGCCCAACAGAGUAUUCAAUUUAUCUUUACCCGGGGUAUUCACCGCGACAGACUGGUCGAAAUAUUUUUGUCCAAAAUUCUGAGAGUGGCACUUUUUCCAACUGUCGUAAGGUUGCGGGCGCAGUUUCUAUCACAAUGCCACCAGAGAAAAACGAAAUCAAUGGAAGCCAAGAAACGAUAACUUCAAUGGAUUCCUCGGCCAAUCAAACAGAAUCUUUCAGCUGCGAUAUAUCCUCGCUGGGCAGUGACAGACAACCAGUAACAGAAGACCAUUUCCACUGCAUACGCGAGGAAAUCGGUGCUAAAUGGAAGAAUGUCCUGCGAAAACUGGGUCUCAAGGAGUCGGAAAUCGAAAAUAUUUGCGUGAAUCAUAAGGAAUAUGGGGUGUAGGAGAGUUUUUUCCAAGGUCUGCUGAAGUGGAAAAAACGUUUCGGCGAGGAAGCUACUACCGAAAAACUGUGUGACGUUCUUCGUGAGGCACGCUGCACGGAAGCUUUGAAAAAGUUAAGAGAAUUAAGUUGCAGAGUGUGAAGCUGCUACUCCAGUUCAAGGAAGGGCGGCAAUUCUUUGAACAAGUGUAUGAAAAUUCCAUAUUAGGCCGUUUUACAGUUGUGUACUUAGUUGCCAAACCUUUGACUUGGAGUGAGACUGAAGUUAACUAUGUUGUGAUAUGGCAGUAUUUUGAUUUCAUGGACUAAAUCAGAAAUAGAAAUUAUGUCUCAAUGUCUUCUGUAAUUCAACAUUACAAAUUCCAAUUAGACCUGGAAAUAAUGGACAGAAAGAGCCAACCUGGAGAAUGUGGACUGCUAAAUUACCAUUCCCAUUAAUCCAAUUCUUCAUGAUAACCAGCAUUCAAAGACAAAACAUAUUUUUUUAGUUGCCAUUGUGCUUUAAUACACUCAACUGUGAUUGUCCUCGGAUACAGUUGGGAUAUGUUUUUAAAUCCAAAACUUUGCAUGUGCAGCAAAAAUUUUGCGAAUCAGACUUUUCAGCAAUCAAACUAUUCCAUCAAGUAAUUAAAACAAACACUUUUUAUCAAAAUUAGGUAUCAAUAUGAAGAAAGUUAACUUUUUAUCAUGU